AACAAAAGUAUGAACAUAUUUAUUGCCCUGACCACUCGUCGUCGAGACGAUAAGUGCGUGCACACACAUUCUCGUGUCACCUCUGUUAUCAAAUGCGUCCGUCAAGUAAGACAAUGAAUGGCUCAUGCCCCCUUAAGCAAUGGUUCAUGCCGCCGUACGUAAAAAUUGGAAGGACGCCUAAGCUCUUACUUUAAGAGUGGGAUGCGAUAGUAUUCAAAGAUCCCUGACUGCUUCGCACGCUUUCCGGCAACUGCAGCUUAUGUAAACCCAAUGUUUACCGGAAAACGCUGGCGGCGAACGCUGUGCACGAAGGCCAUCUUUCUGGUGGAAACGCGGCCUCUUGCGUGGGCCGCGAUGCGGCGGAGGCGAAGGAAACCUAGAGAUGUGGCAAAGAACCCGGUGCGCCGCUUUAUGGCCUUUGAGAUUCGUGUGCCGGCGGAGGCCACGGCCGCUUCAUAAAUGUUAGAAACGCUGGGAAAAGGGCUUCGCUUUUUUGAGUUUCCGCCUAAGAGAAUUCUGUUUUCCCGUAUAUUAAGAUUACACUCCGACGCUAUCAUGCCUGUAGGCUGUGUGUAAGUCGUGCUUUACGAUUUUUCUUACGUAUUUUAGCUUGAUAAACUCCAUUAGUUCAGUAACUUCCUUGUGCUACAUGGAGCGCCUGCGUGGUUAGGCAUGCGUAGUUCGAGAUGACUUCUUCCAAAACGACGUCCUACGCUGGACGGCGCCGCCGGACUUUGUGCAACACGGGGAUCUAAACGCUCUUGCGUUAAAAAAAUGUAAUGCGGAAUGACAACUAUACACCUGCUGUCACUAUACACAGAAAGGAAUGACAACUAUACACCUAUGAAAUCAACACACAGUCGGAAUAACACAGCUACGAAGAGCUUGAAAAUAGACCGUUAACUAUCAUUAAUAAUGUAAAAAAUUGGUCCAGUGGCAAUGAACGCGUGCCAGGUGAUAAUGAGUUUCUAUAAUCGACGUUCACCUCAACGUCUUCAUGUCCUUGUAUCUGCAGAUAACUGAAGACACAGGCGUCAGUACACCACCAAGGGAUUCAAUAAAUCAUUAUUCGGGAUGGCUCCACCGAAUUCGGGUUUCGAAGGACAGAGUGAAAUGCGCCAACCCACGCGAAACUCGGUGCGCCUGUGCGCAACAGAGUACGCGAAGCACAACAAACUCGACCGGAAGUUCGGCGAGUUCGUGCUCGACUUUUGUCAGCUGGCCUUCGGCGCCGAGCCUGACUCCUCCCAGCAGUUCCUCGACGUUGGAUGCGCGACGGGCGACUUCACGCGGGAAUUCUUGCUGCCCCGAUGCCUGCCUUGCCGGAGGAUCGUCGGUGUGGACUGUUCUCGGGAAAUGGUCGAGUACGCGAGAAUCAACUCGGCCCACGAGAAGCUCGACUUCCGAGUGCUCGACAUCGCUGGCGACGUCUCUGGAUUCUUGGAAGAGUUCGGCCACUUCGACAGGGUCUAUUCCUUCCUUUGCCUCCACUGGGUCGAUGACAUCGUGGCAGCCUUCAAAAACAUAAGCCGACUUAUGUCGCCCACUGGCGAGUGCCUUCUUGCGUUCUGCGCAGUCCUUGAGCUUGCCGAUGCUUGGAAGGCGCUGGCAGCGAUGGACCGCUGGGCGAAGUACUCCGAGGUAUGGCCGGGAAAUCUUCAAUGGAGUGGCGAGGCUUUGUUUUUACUGCGAUAA